GAUCAGAUUAUCACCCUGCCUCUCUCUCUGUGUCUCAGUCUCUCGCCUGCUGCAGAGCAGAUGGUCUCGACUUGUCAUGAAGCUUUAACUCGAAAAUACAUUUUCAAUUGGGAUUUUUAUCAUCGUCAGAGUUCGUGUUGAUCCUGAAGACAGACAGGAUGAUGGUGAACGAUCGAUGGACCAUCAUGAACAACAGCAGUUCAGAGCUCGACAGCAAGCGGCCAAACAAACACAAGAAAUGCUGCAGCUUCCUGUUAUGGUUCGUCAUCGUGUUGAUUGUCAUAGCAGCCAUCGUCACAGCAACAGUCACCAUCCUGUACCUGAACCAGUUUCCUCUCCCGUUCAUCAGCAGGGGCGGAGUCUCCUCCUCACCUGUGAUUUCCACCAAUUCCAAAGAGUCUGGCGCCCUGGUGACAGUGUCACGUGUCACAGCAGGAGAACCAAUCAGCAUCUUCCUGGACCCCAACUGUCCAGACUACAGUGAGAGCCUCCUGCGGUGGGAAGCACUGCAAAGCUCUGUGCUGCGAGCGCUGACCAAUCACAACGCAGACGACUGGCAGGAGAUAGGACUGGUCCAGAAACUAGCCGAGGAGCUGAAGGUGUUAUCAGGCCACGCCCACAACCUGAGGGUGGAAGCUGAUUCGCUGAAAAGAGGUCAAGGUGUUCUGGACCAACGACUGGAUGGACUGCAGAGCGAGCAGAGUCGCGUCAUACAGGUGCUGACGGACGUUCACUCAGGUAUGUCCAAGAUAACAACAGGUGUCAGUGAUUCUCUGCUCAGCCUGCAGAGGGAGACUGAGAGUCUGAGGAGACUGAAGGGAGAGCUGCACAGACACAAUGACGACAGAGCGGUCAGACCCAGAGACUGCAGUGAUGUCAUGGUGUCUGGCAUCUCUCAGGACGGAGUUUAUUCUGUUUUUCCGACACAUGACCCUGACGGCUUCAUGGUCUACUGUGACAUGACAACUGACGGAGGAGGGUGGACGGUGAUCCAGAGGAGGCAGGAUGGUUCUGUUAAUUUCUUCAGAGGUUGGGAAGCAUACAGAGACGGCUUCGGACAAACAACAGAAGAACAUUGGCUGGGUCUACAGAGGAUCUACUCCCUCACCAGGUCAGGUGGUGUAGAGUUACGUAUCGACAUGGCUGACUUUGAUAACGCCACGGCGUUCGCUCGUUACGCCGAUUUUUCUGUCGGUCGAGACUCAGUGAAUCCAGAGGAGGACGGAUACCCGCUGACCGUCGACCAGUUCUCUGGAACUGCAGGUGACUCCCUCCUGAAGCAUUCUGGAAUGCGGUUCACCACCAAAGACAGGGACCAGGACCAGUCGGAGAACAACUGUGCAGCGUACUACCAGGGGGCGUGGUGGUACCGUAACUGUCACACCUCCAACCUGAACGGGCAAUACCUGAGAGGAGGCCACGCCUCCUAUGCUGACGGUGUGGAGUGGUCAAGCUGGACGGGCUGGCAGUACUCGCUCCGCUUCACCGAAAUGAAGAUCCGGCCCAAUGCCAGACCAGAGUCCUGAACUCUGACCCUGAACCUGGACUCUCUCACCUCCGAGUCCUGAACCUGGACUCUGACUCGAAACAAACCUGUGGGUUAAUGUUAAACUGAUGAUGGAGGAUUAGAAACACUUUAAAGAAAACUAAAGUCGUAAUUGUUUGAGAAUAAAGUUGUUGACUGCGAUGGUAUCAUUUGUUUCACUUGAUCUUCAAAGAGGUUUCAUAAUUUCUCCAGAAACAAUCAGAUUGUCCAGAGUUUGAGUUCAGAAGAAAUGGAACUCCAGAGAGAAAGGGUUCUACUCGCUGCUUAUUUUGUCUUUUUCUCAUAAUAUUCCAACACUCUGUCGUAUUUAUUAUUCAUUAUCCUUGUAAAAAUCACAUUGUGGUAAAACACUUCAUUUAUUUAUUCCCUGAUCUUUUCUGUAAAAAUUCUAACCCGUUUUGUUCAAAGAAGUUUUUCCAGCAGGUGGAGCUGUUUUCAGAUUAAACUUUCAGCUUCACAUUCGU